AUGUAUAAAGCUAUUAACUGCACUUUUAUCUCUCUUAUACCUAAGACUGAUAAUGCUAAAUAUAUAAAAGAUUACAGGUCCAUUUCUGUGUGCACCAUUAUGCACAAGGUUAUUUCAAAGGUUAUGACAAGAAGAAUGAGUAAAGUUUUGGGUAGCAUCAUUAACAAUUGUCAGUCUGCUUUUGUGCCAAGACAACAAAUUCGUAAUCACAUUCUAUUGGCAUAUGAAUUGCUUAAGGGUUAUAGCAGGAAAGGAGACACGCCUCGUUAUACGAUGCAAUUGGAUCUUCACAAGGCGUAUGACAUGGUGGAUUGGCCAGCUCUUAAGAGAAUUCUGUAG